GACUGCGCGCACGUGAGCCGCACGUGCGAGGAGUUCUACACGGUGCGCUGCCAGGUGGCCGACAUGCGCAACUUGUACGAGUCGCUGGACGAGGUGACCGUCAAGGACACGCUGGACGGCGACAACAUGUACACGUGCUCGCAGUGUCAGAAGAAGGUCCGCGCCGAGAAGCGCGCGUGCUUCAAGCGCCUGCCGCACAUCCUGUGCUUCAACACGAUGCGCUACACGUUCAACAUGAACACGAUGAUGCGCGAGAAGGUGAACACGCUGUUCUCCUUCCCGCUACACCUGGACAUGUCCGGCUAUCGGGAGCGUAACCUGAUGCCCACCAAAUGCGAGGACGGCGAGGCGGACGCGGAGCUGGCGCCGUGCCAGUACGACCUGAUUGGCGUAACCGUGCACACCGGCACGGCGGACGGCGGCCACUACUACUCGUUCAUCCGCGACCGCACCAGCGCGUCGCGCAACAGCUGGCUCUUCUUCAACGACGCCGAGGUCAAGCCGUUCGACCCGAGUCAGCUGGCCGGCGAGUGCUUCGGCGGCGAGAUGACGAGCAAAACGUACGACUCGAUCACGGAUAAGUUCCUGGACUUCAGCUUUGAGAAGACCAACUCAGCGUACAUGCUGUUCUACGAGCGGUGCGUGGAGGCGCCCGAACAGGGCGGGUCCAAGCCGGUGACGGCGGACGCGGCCGACCUGGCCCGCCCGCACCUCAGCCCGCUGGACCUGCCCACGUUCGAGCUCAGCGCCGAGCUGGAGGACUGGAUCUGGAAGGACAACAUGGAGUUUCUCAGGGACAAGAGUAUGUUCGACCACACGUUCUUCAACUUCAUGUGGCAGGUGUGCGGCUACAUCCCGCAGACGCUCAGUCGCACCGAGGCGGUGACGCUGCGUGCCGCCCGGCUCUCCACCACGUUUUUCCUCGAGAUCUUCAUCCACGCCAAGGAGAAGCCCACCAUGGUGCAGUGGGUAGAGCUGCUCACCAAACAGUUCAACGCCUCGCAGGCGGCGUGCGAGUGGUUCCUGGAUCACAUGGCCACGGACGAGUGGUGGCCCAUCCAGAUCCUGAUCAAGUGCCCCAACCAGAUGGUGCGUCAGAUGUUUCAGCGACUCUGCAUCCACGUGGUGCAGAAGCUCAGGCCGGUGCACAGCUGCCGGUACCUGCAGCCGGCCGAGGGCGAGGCGCGGCCGCGCGAGCUCGGACAAUCCUCCUGCGUCACCCGCUUCGUGCGCAAGCUCGUCUCGCUGAUGGAGCACGGCGCCAAGUCGCAUCUUCGCAACCUCACCGAAUACUUCGCGUUCCUCUUCGAGUUCGGCAAGAUGGGCGACACGGAGAUCAAGUUCCUGCUGGCCACCGAAUGCAUUACCACCAUGGUCAACUUUUACCUGAGUCAAAUACCGGAAAACCAGGCGGACGAGGUGUCGGACGAGGACGACGAGGAGGGCGAGGCCGGUCCCGUCCGGCCGGCCGACAAGUUCCGGCCGGCCAGCCUCGAGAAGAUGAUCAGCCUGGUGGCGCUGCUGGUGGAGAAGUCGCGCGCCGACGACCAGCGGCUGGCGCUCUCCGCCUCGGACCUGGCAGCCGUGGCCGGUGGCAAGGGCUUUCCAUUCCUGUACCACCAGAUCAAGGACGGCCUGAACGUGCGCGCCACGUGCGGCCUGGUGUCGGCGCUGUGCCGCUGGAACGAGCGGCUGGCUGUGCUCGUGGUCGGCAUGAUCUUCCAGGCUGUCAUCAAACACCAGGAGGCGUGCCAGCCGUUCUUCCGGCUCCUCUCGCUACUGGUGGAGGGCGACGGCGCCGGCGGCGGUGCGGCCGGCGCCGGCGGCACCGGCACUGGCGGCACUGGCGGCACCGGCGGCGGCGGCGGCGGCGGCCUGCCCUGCUUCACCCAGCUGGCGCUGCAGCACAUCUGGGAGGUGGCCGAGUUCUGCCCGCAGGCGGUGCUCGAGUGGCUGGCCGGCCAGGUGCCGCGCAACAAGCUGGCUCACUCGUGGGUGCUGCAGAACCUGGACAACUGGUGCGAACAUUUCCUGCUGGCGCACGGCCAGUUCCGCGUCCGCGCAUCGGCGAGCCUGCUGCUGGUGGGUCUGGUGCCGUCCUCCCAGUUCCGGCACCUGUUCACGCAGCGCCAGCGCCAGAGCUCGGCCGAGCUGCCGCUGGCGGCCGACGCGCUCGCCGUGCUGCACCAGGUGUACCGCUGCCUGCUGCGGCUGCUGAAGCCUGCCCGUGUCUACACGGACGUCCAGCUGCACGGCAACAUGAAGCUGGUGCAGUACUUCCAGCUGAUGCAACACUGUGUCGUCUCCCGGGCCGAGAAGCUCAUGUUCAGCCCGUACACGGCGGACCUGUGGACACUGUUCCACCCGAAGCUGUCGGAGCCGUCCAUAGCGGCGCACCACAACAAGCAGGCGCUGCUCAUGUUCUGGUGCACGGUCUGCAUCGACUGCGCCGAAAACGUGCAGCUCAUCGUCACCAACCCGCACAUCACCAAAAACAUCGGCUUCAACUACAUCCUGGCGGACCACGACGACGACCAGGUGGUGCUGUUCAACCGGAGCACGCUGCCGGCCUACUACGGCCUGCUGCGGUUGUGCUGCUCCCAGUCGCGUGCCUUCACCCGCCAGCUGGCCAACCACCAGAACCUGCAGUGGGCCUUCAAGAACAUCACGCCCUACCCGGCCCAGUACAGCGCGGCGAUGGACGAGCUGCUGAAGCUGAUGUCGCUCUUCGUCAUGGUCCACCCGGACACGACCGAGCAAGAGCUGCGUGAGAUCGGCGCCUUCAAGCGCCAGACGCUGCAGAUGUACCUACAGGUACUGGACGCCCGCUCCAGCUGGGCGACGCUGAUCUCGGCGCUGAAGAUCCUGGUGGACACACAGGAGGACAGGCUGUUCGUGGUGUACAACGGCGGCGUGUCUCUGCUGUGCGAGGCCACGCUGGCCCUGCACGUCAUGUUCCACGAGGCCACGGCGUGCCAUGUCACCGGCGAGAUGACGGACCUGGUCCGCCUGCUGGCCGACACGCUCAGGUGCUGCAAGACCUUCCGCGACAACAAGGACGUGCGACACGCGCUGCUGAACUGCAAGGAGCGCCAGGAGGUGGUACGCAAGCUGGCCACGCUGCUCAACAGCUUCGCGCCGCCGGAGCUCCGGCUCGCCUGCAUCGACGCGCUGAAGGAGUUCGUGGUGGUGCUGCCGCAUGAGAGCCUGCAGGUGCUGACGCCGCUGAUGCUGCACUCGCACACGGCGCUGCGCGAGGCGGCCGAC